GUUUACCGUGAGAGUAUUAUAUUGUGAAACUUGCUCUCUGCGUUUGCUAUAUAACCAACACGGCAAUGCUUGCUUUUAUAAAUAAUUGUUACCUCGCUACGCUAAGCUAUUGAAGUUUAAAUAAGAGUGUUAUUUAACACCCUACUUUAGUUAACAACUUAUUUGUGUUAUUGUAAGGGUUUGAUUUAAGGGUUUUACUUUAAACAAACUUCUUUAUUGUGGCUCUUUCUCUCCAGACUGAGCACGGAUUAAUGUGAUAGCGAGAUAUAGGUGUAUUAUACAUUAAGAUAAACGUAUAUAGAAAUAAACCGUCACUUUAUCAUAUUACUGAAAAUGGAGCUUCGGACAGGGAUUUAUUUCAUUUUACAAUGUUUUGGAAUUUCUGUUAUUAAUUGUAAUAUUAAACCUGCUACCGUUGGAUUAAUUGAAAAUGCACCGAAAUAUGGGGCAUAUCCAUAUAAAAGCUCGAAUGACAAAUACAUGGAUCCUUGUAAAGCAUAUGGAUUCUGGGGAGAUAUUGCCAUGUCGGAGGAAGAAUAUAAUACAUUUAAAAAUCAAGAAUAUUUAGAAGAAAAGAUGGAAACAUCUAUUUAUGAUCUUCAAAUUGAAGACCCCUUAACUAUGUAUGGUGGGGGAAAGGGGCCAUAUUCCCAUUUAGACAAAGAAAAAGAAGAAAAAGAAAAGAAGAUGAGUAAAAAUCACAAAGAUAACAAGAAAAAGAAGAAAACAAGAAAAAGAUGUAGUAAAGGGGACACCGCUUGCAAAGAGAUGCGCAAGCAGGAAAAGGAGAAACGGAAAAAGGCACGUGAACUUAGAAAACUUCAAAGAGAUGAAGAAAGACGAAGACGGAAAGAAAAACGUCAAGAUAUGAAGGAAAAGUCAAGAGCAAUGAGACGAAAGAAGAGGAAAGAAAAUUCUAAACACAAGCCAAGUCGCAAACAUAAAAACAACGGUCAUAACAACGGUCAUAAGAAAGAUGGGACAGAGAAGGAAUUCUAUAAAGCAAUGACAGCUGAUAAAAAAAUGGUUAGAACAAAAAGAGCUGCAACUGCGCGCCCGGAAAGAAUCUGGGAUUACGGAGUCAUUCCAUAUGAAAUCGAGGCGAACUUCAGUGGUGCACAUAAGGCCUUGUUCAAACUGGCAAUGCGACACUGGGAGAAUUACACUUGUGUCACCUUUGUAGAACGUACACCGGAACAUCAAAAUUACAUCGUGUUCACGGAACGCCCGUGUGGGUGUUGCUCCUUCGUCGGUAAGAGGGGAAACGGCAAUCAAGCUAUCAGUAUUGGUAAAAACUGUGAUAAAUUUGGUAUUGUGGUGCACGAGCUUGGUCACGUGAUUGGAUUCUGGCACGAGCAUACAAGACCCGACCGAGACGAUCAUGUGAAAAUCAUUUACAAAAAUAUAAUGCCAGGUCAGCAAUAUAAUUUCAACAAAUUAACGUCUCUGGAGGUGAACUCACUUGGAGAAACGUACGACUAUGGCAGCAUUAUGCACUAUGCACGGAACACGUUUGCACGUGCAACAUACGUGGACACUAUACUACCAAAGAAAAAACCAAAUAUAGAAGUACGACCGGAAAUAGGUCAACGUGUGAGACUGAGUCCAGGUGAUAUAGCUCAGGCAAACAAAUUAUACAGAUGUCCAUCAUGCGGACGAACCCUUCAAGACUCGAUUGGUCAAUUUUCCCACGCACCAACACCAGAAAAGGAGGAAUUGUGCCAAUGGAGAAUCUCGGCGACGCAUGGAGAGAAAAUUGUUCUAAAUAUAACUGCCCUUGACAUAGCAGUGACUGGUCGUCAUACUGAUAGUUCUAGUCGCCAUGUAGAAGGUGAACAAUGUGACACAGACUACCUCGAGAUAAGGGACGGACAUUACGUCAUGUCAAAACUCAUUGGACGUUUUUGCGGAGAUAAACUUCCAGGCACUUUGAUCUCAACAGACAGUCGGAUGUGGGUGGAGUUUAGGACAAGUACAGGCUCCGGAAAGGGGUUUGAGGCUAAAUAUGAAGCUAUAUGUGGCGGUGAAAUACACAAAGAGCAAGGUCAGCUGACAAGUCCAAACUACCCGGAUGAUUACAAACCAAACAAAGAAUGUGUCUGGAAAAUAACCGUUCCAGAAGACUUUUCUGUUGCCGUUAAAUUCCAGUCAUUUGAGAUCGAGAAUCACGACAAUUGUGUUUAUGAUUACCUCGAGAUACGAGACGGCCACGAGGACACGUCGCCAGUCAUUGGAAAAUAUUGUGGAUAUAAAAUCCCAGAGGAUAUCAAGUCGAUGAGUAACAAAUUAUAUGUGAAGUUUGUGUCCGAUGGGUCUGUACAGAAGGCUGGUUUUGCUGCCAGCUUCGUCAAGGAAUAUGACGAAUGUGCAACCAACAAACACGGAUGUGACCAUGAAUGUGUCAAUACACUGGGAAGUUUCAAAUGUGAAUGUAGAAUCGGAUAUGAGCUUCAUUCGGAUGGAAAGAAAUGUGAAGAUGCUUGCGGUGGAUACAUUGACAACACAAAUGGUACAGUACAAAGUCCGUCCUUCCCGGAACUUUAUCCGCCCAACAAGAACUGUGUAUGGCAAAUAGAAGCACCCGAACAAUAUAGAAUAACACUUAAUUUCUCUCAUUUUGAUCUCGAAGGAAAUAACGUUAGUAUAAAUCAAAAUUGUGAGUACGAUAACGUGAAGAUAACAAGUGGUACCGGGCCUGAAUCUGUGAUUAACGGAAUGUAUUGUGGGUCCACACUACCCAUGCCGAUAACAUCGGAGAGUAACACACUAACUAUAGAAUUCAACUCGGACAACUCCGUACAAAAAACUGGCUUUCUGGCUUCUUUCUUCACAGACAAGGACGAGUGCGCAGUGAACAAUGGCGGUUGUCAGCAUAUAUGCAAGAAUACUGUAGGUAGUUACGAAUGUGCCUGUCAUAAUGGAUUUACCCUUCAUGAAAAUAAACAUGACUGCAAAGAAGGUGGUUGUCAGCAUGAAAUUACAGCGCCCUCUGGUGAAAUCAGUAGUCCCAAUUGGCCAGAGUUUUACCCCAGCCGUAAAGACUGUGUCUGGCAUUUCUCCACAGUAAAUGGACAUAGAAUCAAAAUAAUAUUCGAAAAUUUUGAGCUCGAACAGCAUCAGGAGUGUACAUACGACCAUAUUGAAGUUUUCGACGGAAAUAGCAACUACGCGACGAGUCUUGGACGAUUCUGCGGCGCUAAAAUUCCACAUCAGGUUAUAUCAACCGGAAAUGAACUAUAUAUAGUAUUCUAUUCGGAUGCCUCUGUACAACGAAAGGGAUUCCAUGCUACACACACUACAAUGUGUGGUGGUAAAUUAGAGGCGACAGACCGACAAAAUCAGUUGUUCUCUCAUGCCCGUUAUGGCGACCAGAAUUAUGACAACAAACUGGAAUGUGAUUGGAUAAUUGAAGCAAGAGAUGGUUACAAAAUUGACUUUUAUUUUAACGCGUUUGAAAUAGAAGAUGAAACAGAUUGCGGAUAUGACAAUGUAGAAGUGUUUGACGGUCAGUUUGAUACAGACACGCUGAUUGGCCGAUACUGCGGCAGCACUCUACCUCCAGAAAUUUCUUCCACUGGACAAUUUUUAUUGGUCAGAUUCCGAUCUGACGACACUAUCAAUUGGAAAGGUUUCUCUGCCGUCUAUUUAGAGGGUGGUCGAGCUUAUCAACACAACAAUAAUGUAAAAGCUGUCCCGUUGCCGUUCCAAACCUAAACGGGGAGACGUGACUUUUCUGAACGAAGAAAUAUUUUUUUUAAACUAGAAGCAGACGACGAGUGUUCUUCGCUUCAAUCAAGUGGACCGGAAGUACAGCGCGUGAAUCCCACUAAUUGCAGACGACUGGCGCGUGCUUUGAGAAAUAAACCGUGGAUGUUUGUGAACAUAUUUGUGUAGUCAUGUAAUUAUUAUUGUUUAAAACAAUGAGUGGUUAACGGAUGGUUGUGUAUAUUUAUUUAUUUUUUAGAAAAAUUGUAUCGACAGAAUGUGGUGAAUGAUCACAAAGCUGGUCGAAGUUGUUGUUAGUGAAAAAACGUGUAAAGAAAAUCGAUUUUGUGUAGAAGAAUGUAGAAAUUGCCAUUUUGAUUUGUGUAUGCGUGCGGUUACUUCAUAAGAAUGUUAAGUUUUAACUUUUAUACAAAACUUUCUUUUUUACAACUGAUAUGAAUUUCUGCGAUAACAAAAAAAAUAUUUCAUGGCAUAAAAUUAGUUUCAGUAAAUUUAUUUAAAUAAGGUAGACCAUGGAUAGUGGGCACUAUAUGGAACUGUAAAAUUGACAACAUAGGACAGUUAUAUGUCUUCAAGGUCACCUGUAUGCAAAAUUUAAAUAAAAUUUACCGUGUGGUUAAUGAGUUAUGGAUAUAUUUCUGAACUAAAACUUUGCCAUUAGAAGGGCUUAUUUUCAGAAAUGAGGAAACUCUAAAUAAUCUAUAAUAUCAUCAUUAUGAAAAAUGUUUUCCUAUUGCUCAUUGUUAAGAAACAAAUAAUAACAUUCAGGUAACAAAUGGCAUGAGCAAAAUGUUUGUUUCUAAACAAAAUGUUUUCAUAUAUAUAUAAAUGUUACCCUACCCAACCCGAUUUAAACACUAAUUUGAGCAUUUCCCUAUACAAAAAGACUUAUUCAAAAUGUCCCUAAAAUUUACCACAAUGAGGGGCUGUUUCAAAGUUUUCAUAAAUUUGUUUAAAGGUAUAUUGGUUAAUCAGGCGAAAUAUAAAAUACUUUUACCUUGUAGUUUUUAUUUUAUUGAACUUUGAAAAUAUCUGGUAUCAUAUUUGCUUUAAAUUUUAGCAUUAUUUAGCAAAUAAAUACCUACAAUAAUCAUAUAAUUUAAAUCAAACACCUUUUUCUUCCAUAAGGUAUCUGAGAGAUACAUAAAUAAUGUUAAAAAGAAAAAAAGAAAGAAAGAAAAAGUUGCCCCCUCUGCGGUUAGAACCCACGCCCCUCAAUUUCAAUAUAGUUGACAAGUGAUUCUAGCCUAUUUGAAUACUCUUCAAAGUGGAGGUAAUGCAUUACCCAUGGUCUACAAACUAAUAUAAAUAACUAGACUUAUAAAUAUGUAUAUAGUAUACAUUAUAUAUUAUACUUUUCAAACAAUUUCCGUGCAAAUCAAAACAGCAAGCACUCAUUUUGCAUUUCGAAUUCUACCCAUCCAAAUUAGUUAUAUAAUGUGAAUGCUAUACCAUAUUAUCUAUUUUCAUUGUAUUGAAUUAAACGAUGCAGGUUUACAGUUUAUUGUUAUAGUUUUUAAGUAUUAUGUAAUGAUCUACCUAUUAACAUAAAUAAAAAAAUAAAGUUAAAUGUUG